AUGGCCCUUUCACGACAGCAGCGAGUCUGGUUGGCCAUUCUUCCCAAAAUUUCCAGCGUUUUCUCGCUUUUCGGUAGCCUUUGGAUUAUCAUUGAAGUAACAACCGAGGGAAGGAAGAUUCAGAAUCCCUAUCACCGAUUACUAUUGGCGAUGAGCAUAUAUGACACUCUAGAAAGCUUUUGGAAUUUCGGAAGCACUUGGCCCAUUGUAGAAGGCAGUCCUGAUAUCAUUUGGGCAAUGGGGAAUGUAUCCACCUGUGAAGCGCAAGGAUUCUUUCUCACGUUGAGUGUGGCGGUACCCAUCUACAACGCUAUGCUUAGCAUAUAUUAUAUUCUGGUUAUCAACUAUCGAUACACCAACACACAGCUGAGAAGGCGAGUGGAACCAAUCAUGCACUUGAUCGCCUUUUUCUGGUCGUUUGGAACAGCCAGUUAUUCUGCUGCAACUGGUCUGUUUAACAAUGCGAAUCUAUGGUGCUGGAUUGCACCAUUGCCCUUGGAUUGCAAGGAUACGAUCACAUAUGGUACUGUCGAAGAAGGGAAUGACAACCCAUGCAUUCGUGGUGAUAAUGUCUGGAUAUAUCGGUUCGGCUUUUACUUUAUUCCUCUUUGGUCUUGCAUUUUCUUUGCGACCGCUUGUACUCUUUGGGUCUAUAGAUAUGUCUACAACACGGAUAAGCGAACCUUGGCUUACCGUCGUCCUGAGACCGCAGGUCGACACACGUCCUGGUGGUCGAAUAACGGAGAGACAAGCAGAAAGUCCAAGAUACACGAAGCCUCAUCAACCCUUCGAAGCUCUGACAAAUCCAAAACACCCAGCGUCGACUCGGGUGGAAAUCAAUCUCAAUCGUCAUCCUCCAUUGGCAAGAGAAUCGAUUUGUCAGGAAGUGUAAGGGAUGUCUAUCCGGACGAUAGUGAAGAUGAUGAUGAGUAUCUUGAGGACCUGAAUGAUGGGAAGGACAAGAAAGAUACGCAAAAAUGCGAGCACGAUGACAAAUCGGUGGAUAGCAAAUCAACGUUAGACUCGAUUGAUGAAGAGAAGGUGUUUCGGGAAAUUGAUGUUUUGGUGGCGUCGAACCGAGGUGACUAUGGCCCCAAUGACGAAGAAGAAGAAAAGCGGGAAGAAAGUUAUGCAUUCGGCGAUUUGAAUGACUCCAAUAGCGGUGAUGAGGACGAGGACGAGGAUCCCCGCCUGACAAAUUCUACCAAAUCAGAGACCAGGAAGAAUACCAUUCGAGCGAAAGUGGACGAAUGGAAGAAUCGCCGGGUGCAGUAUGCCGAAGAUAUGCCUCGAACUUAUGAAGUCUUCAAGCAAGCCUGCUACUACCUUGGAGCUUUCUACUGUACGCAUGUUUGGUCAACGAGCAAUCGUAUUGUCCAAACAAUCAUGGGAGGUGGAACUGUCUUCCCCUUGAUUGCUUGCCAUUCUUUCUUUGAUCCAUUGCAGGGUUUUCUGAACUAUUUGGUCUAUCAACGACCACGAAUCCAGCAAUUGAGGAAAAAGCAUCCAGAGAUGAGCUGGUGGGGAGUCAUGGUCGAAUCGUUGCGGUUUUCCUUCAUGGACGACGCAAGUAGAAGAGGUUCCAAAUCCUUUGGUUCUAAAUCCUUUGGUGAAUAA